AUGGAGGAGGAUGAGGAUACAAUCAUGGGGGAGUCUGGCUCUCAGACUGUCCCAGGUGGUUCAGGUCCUGCUGCGCCGAGCAUCAGCUCACCAAAACCAGUUGCGCCUGAAAAGUCCAUGCCAGCAUCUUCGUUCCUUGGACGGCCGCUACAGGAGCAAUUAUUGAUGCGCAAUAGCCCACCCUCGACACAUGAGUCAACACCUGCUCUGGAGCAUCAGGCCCCUCCAGUAAAGGGACUGACAAGAUCGAUCGAGGAAGAAGGUCUGAAUAGCAGGUCCGGCGAAGACUCUGUCAUGGAAGAGAAUUCAGACUGGACUGGAGAGGAUGCUACAACACCUACAGGUCUACCGGUUACUUCCCUGGCGACAGGCCUGUGCUACGACAUCCGGAUGCGGUAUCACUGCGAAGUGAGACCCACGGCCGAUGUUCAUCCAGAAGAUCCAAGGCGCAUUUAUUACAUCUAUAAAGAAUUAUGUCGAGCAGGCCUUGUUGCUGACCCUGAAUCUACCCAACCACUUGUACCGCGUCCCCUGCAACGGAUCGAUGUUCGGGAGGCUACGGAAGAGGAAAUCCAGCUGGUCCACGCGGCGGAGCAUUAUACAUUCGUGGAAAGCACGAAAGACAUGCCCGAUGAUAUGUUGAUUGCCCUCGAACAUACACGCGACUCCAUCUAUUUCAACCGGCUAACCUUCGCGUCUUCAUUACUUUCGGCCGGCGGUGCCAUUGAAACCUGCCUGGCAGUAGCCACACGAAAAGUGAAGAAUGCCAUUGCCGUCAUUCGGCCACCGGGGCAUCAUGCCGAGCAUAACAAAACAAUGGGGUUUUGCCUAUUCAACAAUGUGUCCAUAGCUGCGAAAAUCUGUCAACGAAAACUGGGCGACCAGUGCAGGAAGAUAUUGAUUGUUGACUGGGAUGUCCAUCAUGGAAACGGUAUCCAAAAAGCGUUCUAUGAUGACCCGAACGUGCUCUACAUUUCUCUUCAUGUGUAUGCAGAUGGCAAGUUCUAUCCGGGCGGCGAAGACGGUAACUGGGAUCAGUGUGGUGCUGGAGCGGGGAUCGGAAAAAACAUUAAUAUCCCGUGGCCAUCCCAAGGCAUGGGGGAUGGCGAUUACAUGUAUGCUUUUCAGCAAGUUGUCAUGCCCAUUGCCAAUGAAUUCAACCCCGACCUGGUAAUUGUUGCUUCUGGCUUUGAUGCUGCAUCAGGCGACGAUCUUGGUGGAUGUUUUGUCACGCCAGCUUGCUAUGCACACAUGACCCAUAUGCUCAUGACUCUUGCGAAUGGCAAAGUGGCUGUGUGUUUGGAGGGCGGAUACAAUUUUCGAUCCAUUUCCAAGUCGGCUCUGGCAGUCACGAGGACACUAAUGGGCGAACCCCCAGACCGGCUCAUCGCCACCUCAGCCUCCCUGCCUGCUAUCAAUGUUGUGAGAAGAGUCAUGACAGCACAAUCGAGGUACUGGAAAUGCAUGUAUCCAAAGGUCCCACAACAAGAGGGACUAUGGACAGAUCGAGUCCACGAUAUCAUCCGCGCAUACCAAGCCAAACACCUCUACGACAACUACAAACUUACUAGUCUGUUCAUAUACAGAAACUCGAUCUCCAAAUCUUUUGAAAACCAAGUGCUGGCGAGUUCGAAUUAUGACCAAGCUGUGCCGCUUAUUGUGAUCUUUCAUGACCCGCCUGAGAUUAUGGGCAUUCCCCAUCCUCUCACAAACAAGCUCGAACCUCACAAUUGCUGGCUUAAUAAGGCUGAUGUCGUCAAGGACUAUAUAGAGUGGGCGGUGCGCAAGGACUAUGCAGUCAUUGAUGUUAACAUUCCAAAAUACGUGACAACGGAGCCGACGCCUGGAAAGUAUGAAGAUGAGGACGAGAACCGUCAAACUGCGACCGAAGAGCUCGCGGGGUACCUGUGGGACAACUACAUCGAACCCAACGAUGCGACACAUAUCUUCUUCAUCGGCGUUGGUGAUGCAUUUUUCGGGGUUGCCAACCUCUUGAUCAACAGGGGUGGGUACCUGCAGCGCACCUAUGUUAGACUUAGGGGGGCUAAGAUUCGGACAGAUAGCAUCUACCAACGCGUAAACAGCGUUAUUUCCUUUGUGGCCGAAAACCCCGUCCGUGCUGUCGCAUCGCAUACCCAAGUCUGGCUUUCGCGAUGGUACAAAGAGAACUCGCUCGUCUAUGUCUCCCACACGCACGGUGUAUGGAACAAUGUCGAAGGCCGUCGGCGGCCAUCCAAACGCUACGGUCGGCUCAUACAAUCCCCGAAAGCUGGGCUGAGCGAGAUGCUCGUCCAUCAUAAGCACGAGGUAUUUGAAUGGAUCGAGACUCGUGUCACAGCAACGGAGAGCGAAGAAUCCGAGGAAGCGGAAGCGAAGUCUGAGUGA